AUGGGUAUCGAAGCAAAAGAUUUUACUCUUGAUCUUGAUCUACUUGCAUUCAGUGGCAUUGCUUUUAGUCCUGAACAACGUGCUUCAUUACAAACAUCUCUUAUCAUUCUUAAAGAACAAUACAAAUUUAAAACAAUUCAUUUUUGGGGUAAAAUCUUAGGCAUAACAGAUGAUUAUUUUAUUAUUCAAGGCCGACAAAAAGAUGAACUUAGAGAUCGACAAUUUCUCUACAGUAAAGAUUGUGUUAAUUGGAAUAUGUUAACACCAGCAAAUGAUGAAGCAAAAGACUCAACAGAAGUUUGUCAAGGACGUUUUACAGGUGAUCCAUCAAAUGAUUUUGAAGUAACAAAAUACAAUAUAACAAAUGAAGAUACCGAAGAUGAAAAUAUUGAAGAAGUUAAAUCAUCAGUACGUGAAGAAGAUCGAUUAGCUGCUACAUUAUCGAAAAUUGAACAAGAUGCAUUGAUUAUUCCACGAGGCGCAUAUAUUCUUCAACCAAAUGGUGAUGUUGAACGAAAUCGUACAUUCGCAGGAUUAACAGCAACAGAAAGUGGCAAAUUAUCAAAUUAUUUUCAUUUUUGUGAACCUAUUCAUCUUCCUAAAAAAGGUCUUAUUCAUCGAAGUGCACUUGAUAAAAGUCUUCAUUUUCUUGAUACAAUUGAUGAAGAUAUUCCCAAAGGAUGGAGUGUACAAUUUGAACGCGGCAGUGGAUUAGUUCAAAUUCGAAGUCUUAAAUGGCCUGGUAUGGCAUUUUUUCAUAUACCUGAAACAAAUCGUUAUGGUUCAUUGUAUUGUGGUGUUGGGGAAGAAAAUAAAGACUUGGCUUUUAUGCUUUAA